AUGCCCGCGGUUCAAGAGCACUUGGAACCAGCUCCUGCUGCUGAAGAUGGCGGCCGGCGAAGGGCAAGGAAGGCGUGUGAGCCCUGUAAAGCUCGCAAACGUCGGUGUAAUGGGAACGAACCCUGCCUCUCAUGUACCAGGUACGAGUAUCAAUGCUAUUACACAACUCAACCCAGAAAGAGAGUGGCGAGGAUCCCGUCGUUGUCUGAGGGUCGUCCACCUCUUGAACUUGUGCCCGACAUUUCCCAGCCCAUUUCUGCCCUUCCCAUAUCCCCGGAGAAGGAAAUCAAAUACAAUGGACACAACGAGCAGUCGAUGGAGGCAAACUCUGGCGUCGUCUUUCCCCACAUCCUGGGCAUGAAGUUCAAUCCGACCAGCGCCCCAAAGGUCCAAGGCUUUGGCUGGAACCUGGGCAUCCAUUACCACCACUCCCGCUCGGAAAAGAGCAUGACGUGGAUCAUCACCAGAGAUGAGUGGCACAGCCUGUUUGACGUCUAUCUUCGGGAGAUUCACCGCCCAUACGGUUUCCUCGAUCCUGAAAUCGUGCUCUCAAAAGCAGCCCGGAGAUGGCAAGAUCCUCACGCUACCAACACCUACGACCACGUCCUAUGCGGCAUCGCCGCUCUCGCAACGCUCUUCUCCCCGGAGAGGACGGACAAUCGCGAAGGUCUGCUUGUGGACUGUGCCAAGGAGAUCCUGGAAUCGACAAGUCUGCUGCGAGACCCGACUGUCCACGAUGCAGAAGCGUGGCUGUUACGGACACUCUACCUACGAUGCAACAGUCCCCCACACGCAGCUUGGAUGGCCAGCUGCACGACUAUGCACAUCAUUGAGGCAGCUGGCCUGCAUCGAGAGUUGGCCGACGUAUCAUUGGUCUACUCGGACGCCGAACCCUCCGAGCACGAUGUCGAGAGGAGAAGGAGGCUCUUUUGGGUCGCUAAGCUGCUGAACUCAUGGAUCAGUUUUGAAUACGGCCGAUCAAGAGUUUCUUUGCAAGGAGCUUCCUGCCAAUCGCCCACGCCAACUCCUGGGGACUCCACCACAGACCUCAUCGCCAUGUUCCAGCUCUCCGAGGUGCUCGAUCCUUCGAAACCAAGCGAGCCCGCAGAAUUGGAGAAUUGCCUGAUGCAGGUGGCGGGCUUUCAGUUCACCCUCAACCCGCUGACGCUCUCACAGAGCAAUCUCUGCUUCACCCUCUAUCGACGACUACGUCUUGCCACUACCAACGUCAAACCCCAACUCUUGGAACAGGUCAUUGCGGUGGGUUGUAAGGGCCUCGAGGCCUCGAUUAGGGCGACCCGAGCAAGCUCCCCGUGGUGGCACGUCUCGAACGUCCCCUUCCAAUUUGCCUGCAUCCUCCUGGCGAUGGACACACAAGAGUCACUCUGCCACGUGGGUCAAGCGAUAUUGACGUUGAGGACCGUGGUCAACCACUUCAAGACUCCCAUCGCCCAGAAAGCACUGGCCACCAUCGAACAAUUGGUUCGGAUUGCACAGAAUCGAAAGGAACAGGACAUUGUCUUGCUCCAAAACUGCCUGGACAAUAGUGGAAUUGCCCAGGAACAAGACCGUCACAUGAGCAAUGGCAAUGGCAAUGGUAUAGCAGGGCCUGAGGAUGACCUCCCUGACCAGUGGUCCGCCGACGUCCUCUGGAACACGCCUGCUUUGGGUGACGUGAACUGGGACCAAUUCUGGAUUGAACCGCUUGAUUUUUCCGCACCAACGCUUCCUCCAACUUGA